CAUGUAUGAUUGGGUACAAACUUGCAAAUCAGAUGAAGAUAAAGGAUUAUUACAAAUUAUGCAGUUGUUCUUAUCAUCCAGUGGUGCAUCCUAUGAAAUAAAACCUGAAAAGGUUGCAGAAACGAGUGUUUCUCAAAUGUUACUUGAGUGUAUAGCUGAGGGUUUCAACAAGGACAAAAAAUUACCUUUCGAAGAAUAUCCAUUGUCUGUAAAGAAUACUAAACCUAUUUGGAAGAAAUUCAGAAUAAAUUUUAUUAAUUUUGCUCAAGCAUUUUUUGAGAUGGGUCAAGACAUUCUGUUAGAGAGGCGAUUGAUCUUAGAUAAAAUUUUGGAAUUAAUAUUUGACAUGAUAUCAUCGAAAAACGACCAAUAUGUAAAAUGCUUCUUUCAUACAGCAAUAUUAUUUGGAUUAAAACUGAAUACAACAGUAAUACAAGUUCAUUGCAAGUUAAUUUCAGAGAUUGAAGAACUCAAAAAGGGACGGUAUUGUGAUUCAAGAUUGAUAGAUCAUUUGAAGGAAAAGUUAGAUUAUUUGAGUAACGUUAAUGAGAAUUUGAAUCGCUUAAUUUCAAUCGGUUAUAUUCACGAAAUCGAAGAUAUUCAAUGCAUCACCAUGCAGGAACUUGGACUGUGGAUGUAUCAAGAUUCCCAUAUGUAUUUAUCAGAUGAAUAUUUAAAGUAUUUUCAUAGAGUUAUGCAUGACAUUGACUCACCAAAUGCAAGGGUUGAAGCUAUGCGAGGACUGAUACCGUUAUAUGAACUUGCUGGUGAAGAUAGCGUCGUUGAAAUUCAGUUAGAAUCCUUCACCGAUAAAGUAUUCAAAAAAGUAAUUAUUUCAGCUUGUUCUGAAAGUAAUUCUGAAUUGAACGUAACUGCUCAUAAAAUUAUACAACUACUUCAUUCAAUCGGAAAGGAUAAGUUUAUAGUUCCCUAUAAAGAUCUCCUUAAAAUAUUUGUUCCAAAUCUUGUUCGAGAGAAAAAUAUUGCAUAUUCCUCAGCUGAUUAUAUAUACAAGCGCCUACGGGGAGCAGAUAGAAAUGAAAGAAAAAUAAUCAAAUCAUUCAUAAAACUUCUAAUUGACGCUAAAGUAGAAAGAAAUGACCAAUAUAUGUUUUUGAUUGCCGAUAGUCUGAUAACUACAAGUAAGGAAUUUCUGGAUAUUGAUAAUAUGAUUGAUAUGCUUCGAACUAGUAAUAUAGCAAAUGAAGAAAAAGUUUAUAUAUGCAACUUAUUGUUUGCAACAAUAAAAGUUUCGACCAAUCAAACAGGUGUAAGUAAUAGAGAUGCUAAACUUACCAAAAAAGGACUGAGGGAACAAUCCGAAAAUAGAGAGAAGUUCACCAAUCUCAUCUUGAAUAAGAUUACAACUAUUACCGAUUUAUUUCACAGUGAUAUAGAAAAAUUGAAGCCUUUAGUUAAAAUAGUUAAUUUGGUGGAUAAACAGUACAUCGGACGGACAAGUGGGAAAUCUUCCCUCAUAAUCAUAGUAAAGGAAUUGAUGAAAAUUGGGAGUACGCAUACAGACGAAUCAUUAUUAUUCCAAAUAGCAUCUGCUUUAGAAUUUUUGUCCCAGGAGAAUUAUCCCUUGGGUACAGUUUGCAAAGAACUCGUACACUCUCUAUUUGAGGAUAUUAUACAAGAGACCAAUGCUAACCUAAGCGAAUACUUUGAAGAGCAUCUGAGUCAAAAAGAAAUAGAGAAAGAUUUCUUGCCAAAACUAAGAAGAAUAAAAUGUUUCCUAAAAUUUAUAGACUUUUCUAGAUUUCAAACUCUUUUCGAUAAUCUUGAGCGAUUACUGUAUCAGUCAAUCGAUAAGGAAGUUUCAGAAGUUUUGAUAAAAGAAGUCCUCACCGGAUGUACAUACUUUAUUCAAAGAUCUUUAAACGAAACUCUGAAAGACGAUAGAAGUCAUAAAAAUAAUUUAGAUGAUGCUCAUCAAUUUGUCUUGAAUUUCUCUUUAAUAAGUAUUGAAAAUGAUGAAUUAGCAGAAGCGGCUUUUGAAUGUAUUUGUUAUAUACUCCUGUCGUACAAACGAGGCUUAAAGAAUGUUGGAUGUUAUAAAAGUCUUUUAUCCCAUACUCAUAGCAUUAUACCUAACGGUGCAAGUGAAAUGAAGACAAUUGGGAUUAAAUUACAAGAAUUUAUCGAAAAAUUCGUGUUUUUGCAGAAGGGCUGCUUACAAAGGAAGGAGAGACUUGAAUACCUUAAACUUUAUUUGACAGUUGUCAUGAGUUCCAGACUAGUAAUGCAGUAUGCACAUUUUAUCUUCUUAUACUGGAACAAAGAUGACUUUUAUAAACCGUUAAUGAAACAAUUUUUUGAUUGGUGUAGGAGAACUUCGAGGGCGAAUUUAUGUCGAACGAUAAUGUAUGCUUUGGGUAUCUCAUUUAAAAAUAAAAAACAUGAGAUAUGUGACCUUAUAAAGUUAUCUAAGCAACUGAUUAUAAAUUUUGGACCAAAGCUUGAUAUUAACCGACAUGCCAUGCGAGCUCUACACGAAGAAGGAAUUGUAUUUUCUAUCCGACAUCAUUCCGGCCGAUAUAUAGAGUUUCUGAGAGUUGUAAGUGAAUGGAGUGGAAAAUUGUAUAAAGAAGAUAGACAUUUGGUAAAAAAUUUUUUAGACAAUCAGUUGAAAGAUGCAAAACCAGAACUCUUCACAGAUUUAAAUAAUUCCAUAAUAGAUGAAUAUAAAUUUUCAUUGGGUAAUAGAAAGAGAAAAGUUGACAUUGAUUACGAAGCACUAAAGGGAACAAUUCAAAAAGUAUCUAAGAAAGUGAGGGACGAGAGCUCUUCUAACGAAGACCAAAUUCGGAACCCAGAACAAGCAGAAAUAAUCCAUAACAAAAUAACAAGCACACCUCAUAAACUUCAUCUUGAAGAUUCCAUUUUAGAUACUUCUCAUGAAUCGCCAAUUGUUCAAAGAAUUUCGACUGAGAAAUUGAAAGAAAUGAUGAGAAUCAAAGAAAUAUUAAUUCAAGAUACCACAGAUGAUGAAAAGGAGUCUGAAUCGAGAUCAAUUGAAGAAAUGUCUCAUACAGGCUCUAAAGAAAGAUAUUCUAACGAGAUUCAUGAAAUCCCCGAUAGUAUUAAAUCUGAUAGAAAUACUGAAGAAUUUGAUUUCGACAACUCAAACACAGAGACUGAUGUCUUCAUUAACACUUCCGUUAAUUCCGAAAGCUCAAUAGCUGGUUCUAAUUUUGAGGUUUUAGAUAAACACAAUAUUUUUCUUCAAAAUGAUGACUUGGAAAGAACCAUAAAUGAAAAUAAGCUAAAUGACAGCGAUAUAGAAAGUUCCAUCAUGUCAGAAAGAGAGGGAACUUUUAAUUUAAGGAGCUUAGAUGAUUUUCAUCUAACUGAUAAUUCAGAAGAUGAUAAAAUAUCUAAUACUUCAAUAGAUAAUAGUAUGAUGGGCUUAUCCGAGAAAGUAAGUCAAAAGAAUUUAGAUGAAGUUGAGGAAAUCAUAUCUAUUUCGGAUGAUGGGAUUGACGAUAUUCAAGAAGUUGAAAUAAGUUCCGGUGAUAAAAUGACUGGAAGCAGUUUACAAAGAUCAAUUGCUGCUCAAGAAAUCUACAAGAGAGCUGAGCUUGAAUCUGAAGAUGGCGAGCAAAGUAUGGAUGAUUCAGAUUAUUACAAAGAAGCUCCGUGCUCUAUUGAAUCAGCUAAUGACUCUUCAGGAGACGAGAGUUUAAAUUUCGAUUCUUGGAUGGAUAGUGAAAUAAAAAGAUUUAAAACGACAACUUUCAAUUUUGAAGUAUCACAGCAAUCAAGUCUAGAGAUAAAAAGUGAAAAAAAAAAAGAAUAUAUAAACUCUCAAAAUUCCACUGGAUCCAACAUCGGACGAGCUAGAACUGCCGAAGAUUAUAUAGCAGCAUGUCUGUCACCGGUUGAGGGAGAAGAUUCAAGUGAAGAGACUUCUACAGUAGAUGAUAUACUAAGAAGACGCUUAGGGCGAGGAUUAGAGGCAUUACCUAUACCACAUGAAUUUCGUAAAGAUAGUGAUUCUCCUCAGCCAAAAAAUUUGUUUACAGAUUAA